AAAUUCAUGAACAGUGAGAUGAUGACCUGAGCCAUAGUUGGAUGCUUAACCAACUGAGCCACCCAGGUGCCCCUGUUGGGAAUAAGUUUUAAGACUUGAGACACUCAAAAAAGGUUGGGGUUAGGGUUCAUUUCGGGGAAUUGCUAAUAGCAGAAAAUAUGACUAGAGACUGGACAAUCUAACGUCUCUACUACUCCUGCGUGUAAGUGUCUCAGGUAAAUUCCCUGAGGUUUACUCACCUCAGGAUCUGAAGGACUAAGAUAUUUUUCCAUUAAUUUAGUAAUUUUGAGAUAAUUUGAGAUCACCUUAAAAUGUAGAAUUUGGUGUUAAGAGUCAACCAGUAAGUGAGACAGGCAAGACUUUAUCAGAGGCCGCUUGACUUUCUUAUCUGGUGUUUUUGUGUUCUCAGGGUUGAAAAAAGAUAGAGGAUGAGGGUAGAAGCAGAGAGGAAGGAAGUUUGGGCAGUGGGGAGAGGUAAUGAAUAUAGUAACAAAAAGACAGAGCCAGAGUCGGUGGUAUUCUGGUGAACAAAGUUGGUAUAGAAUCAAGUGACAUCAUGGAGAGUACCAGCAAGGAGCAUUUGAGUGCAACUGGGGUAUCAGAACCAGGUUCUCCUUGCUUUGUUGGUGAUUGUGUCACUUGGACUGGGCCUGGGGCUUGGACUCAGGCGACAAGAGGAGCAAGGAAGUUGCAGGAAGAAAUGCUUUGAUUCUUCAUUCAGAGGACUGGAGAGCUGCCGGUGUGAUAUGGAAUGUAAACAGCGGGGUGACUGUUGCUGGGAUUUUGAAGACACCUGUGUGAAAUCAACUCGAAUAUGGACAUGCAAUAGAUUUCGUUGUGGGGAGACCAGACUAGAUUCCAGCCUCUGCUCUUGUUCAGAUGAUUGUCUGCAGAGGAAAGACUGCUGUGCUGACUAUAACAGUGUCUGUCAAGGAGAAACCCCAUGGGUGAAGGAAGAGUGUGGCACAGCCCAGCCGUCUCAGUGUCCAGAAGGAUUUGAAUUGCCACCAGUUAUUUUGUUUUCCAUGGAUGGAUUUAGAGCUGAAUAUUUGCAGACCUGGGAUACUCUCCUACCUAAUAUUCAUAAACUGAAAACAUGUGGAAUUCAUUCAAAAUACAUGAGAGCUGUCUAUCCAACCAAAACCUUCCCAAAUCAUUACACUAUUGUCACGGGAUUAUAUCCAGAAUCCCAUGGCAUCAUUGAUAAUAAUAUGUAUGAUGUAAACCUCAACAAGAAUUUUUCACUUUCAUCAAAGGAGAAAAACAAUCCAGCUUGGUGGCAAGGGCAACCAAUCUGGCUGACAGCAACGUAUCAAGGUUUAAAAGCUGGUAGCUUCUUUUGGCCUGGAUCAGAUGUCGCUAUCAAUGGCUCCUUUCCUUCUAUAUAUAUGAGUUAUAACAGAAGUAUCCCAUAUGAAGAGAGGAUCUUUACAUUGUUGAAAUGGCUGGACCUGCCCAAAGCUGAAAGACCUGCUUUUUAUACCAUCUAUGUGGAAGAGCCUGAUUCUGCAGGACAUAAAAAUGGGCCAGUCAGUGCUGGAGUAAUUCAAGCCUUACAGUUGGUAGAUAAGACUUUUGGAAUGUUGAUGGAAGGCCUAAAACAGCGGAACUUAGACAAUUGUGUCAAUAUAAUCCUUUUGGCCGACCAUGGAAUGGAUAAGACUUACUGUGACAAGAUGGAAUAUAUGACUAAUUAUUUUCAUCGAAUAAACUUCUACAUGUAUGAAGGGCCUGCCCCUCGUAUCAGGUCUCGUAAUAUACCUCAGGACUUUUACACUUUUAAUUCUGAAGAAAUUGUUAGGAACCUCAGUUGCCGAAAACCUGAUCAGCAUUUCAAACCCUAUUUGACUCCUGAUUUGCCAAAACGACUACACUUUGCCAAAAAUGUCAGAAUUGACAAAGUUCAUCUUUUGGUGGACCGACAGUGGCUGGCUGUGAGGAGUAAAGCAUAUUCAUCCUGUGGAGGAGGCAACCACGGUUAUAACAAUGAGUUUAAGAGCAUGGAGGCUAUCUUUUUGGCACAUGGACCCAGUUUUAAAGAGAAGACUGAAAUUGAACCAUUCGAAAAUAUUGAAGUCUAUAACCUAAUAUGUGAUCUUCUACACAUUCAACCAGCACCAAAUAAUGGCACCCAUGGUAGUUUAAACCAUCUUCUGAAGGUCCCUUUUUAUGAGCCAUCCCAUGCAGAGGAAGUGUCGAAGUUUUCUGUUUGUGGCUUUACUGUCCCACUGCCCGUAGAUACUCUCCAUUGUUCGUGUCCUGUACUACAAAGCAAUGCUGCUUUAGAACACGUGAAUCUAAUGCUAAAUCUCUCCCAAAAUGAAAUAACAGCCACAGAGAAACUGAAUGUGCCAUUUGGGAGGCCCAGGGUAAUGCAGAAGAACAAGGAGCACUGUCUUCUCUAUCACAGGGAAUAUGUCAGUGGAUUUGGAAAAGCUAUCAGGAUGCCCAUGUGGAGCUCAUAUACAGUACUCAAGCCAGGAGACACAUCGCCUCUUCCUCCCACUGUCCCAGACUGUCUGCGGGCUGAUGUUAGGGUUGCUCCUUCUGAAAGCCAAAACUGUUCCUUUUAUUUAGCAGACGAGAAUAUCACCCACGGCUUCCUCUAUCCUCCUGCAAACAAUAGAACUUCUGAUAGUCAAUAUGAUGCUUUAAUCACAAGUAACUUGGUCCCUAUGUAUAAAGCAUUUAAAAAAAUGUGGGAUUACUUCCACAGUGUUCUUCUUGUAAAACAUGCCAUGGAGAGAAAUGGAGUAAAUGUGGUUAGUGGGCCAGUAUUUGAUUAUAAUUAUGAUGGUCAUUUUGAUGCUCCAAAUGAAAUUACAGAAUAUAUAAAGAACACUAGUGUUCCCAUCCCAACUCAUUACUUUGUGGUGCUGAGCAGUUGCAAAAAUAAGAGCCACACCCCCAAUGCCUGUCCUGGGUGGUUGGAUGUCCUGCCCUUUAUUAUCCCUCACCGACCUACCAACGUGGAGAGCUGCCCUGAAAAUAAACCAGAAGCUGUUUGGAUUGAAGAGAGAUGGAAAGCCCACGUUGCCCGGGUCCGCGAUGUGGAACUUCUUACUGGGCUGGACUUUUACCAGGAAAAAGUACAGCCUGUCUCUGAAAUUUUGCAACUUAAGACAUAUUUACCCACAUUUGAAACCGUUAUUUAACUUAAUGUAUAAAUGAAUUGGGGCAGAAUGUAAAUGAUUUUUCUGUUAAAUAAUCACAAAAUAAAGUGUUCUGUUUUUCCUUAA